CGUGGGCAGAGUUUGUCCUUCCAUGAGGUGUGUGAUUGGUGUGAGGCAGAGAUGAGGACAACAGCUGAGGAACCAUCAAACAGCAACAACAGUGUGGGUGGUGGAGUAGGUGGCGGCAGCACCGUCCUGCAGCGCCUCCUGCAGGAGCAGAUGAACCGGAAUUACGUGCUUCAACAGCAGCAACAACAACAAGGAGGAGUAGCAGGGGGGAGUGGCGGUUACUCAGGACAGGGACAGGUUGGCCCCUCUGAUGAUCACUCCAUGACCCCCCACAUAGCUCGUCAGGAGCCCCAGGGACAGGAGCUGCAGACGGACAAUGGCCUGGAGAAGUUGGGCUCCAACAGAGUAGGAGGAGGGGGUGGGAGCAGUGGAGGAGGAGGUUUAGGGACCGGGGGAGGUGGCAGCAGUGGAGGUGGUGGAAGUGGCCAAGGGCAAUGCCCAAACCCGGAGGACCUCCCUACCUAUGAGGAGGCUAAAGUACAGUCACAAUACUUCCGUGGCCAUGGUCCUCCUCAGCCACAGCAGCAAAACAACCAGGCCCAUCAGCCUCCUCUCCCAGCCUCAGUGGGUGCUACCUUCUAUGUCACUGGGGUAACCAGCACCAAGGUGCGUACUGAGGGUCGCUCAACUGUACGAGUGAGUGGUGCAGGAAAAGUGCACCAGGAUGAUGGGCUGAAGGAUCUGAAGCAAGGGCAUGUUCGGUCUCUCAGUGAAAGACUUAUGCAGCUCUCCCUAGCCACCAGUGGUGUGAAGGCACAUGCUCCUAUCAUCAGUGCCCCUCUCUCCCCUCAGUUGCCCCCACCAGGCACACAGAGUGACUUCUACAAGCCGCAGCAUCGUGGUCCCCCUCCUGAGUACCCCUUCAAAGGAAUCGGCUCACCUUCAAAGCAGCAGGAACCUGGAGGCCAUUUUUACCAGGAGCAGAGAGGGAGGGAGCACUCAAGGGAGGUGCUUCCUGUUCGAUACCAGCCACCACCUGAGUAUGGUUCAUUCAGGUCCAGUAAGGAGGGCUCGGUUCACUCCCAGAGACCCCUUCACCAGCACAGUCCCACCUCCUCUGUCACCUCGGUGGGCUCCUUGUCCCGUGCUCAGUCUUCCACCCUCAGCAGUAUGCUUGGUGCCUCCCACUCCUCCCAUGUUUCCUUUCACCACCAGCACCCGCAGAACCAGGGUGAGCCUUUCCAUUGCAUUGGGCCCCGCAGUCCACAGAGUUCUAGCUUGCACCAUGCAAGUGAGCCCUUGACCUUAGGGCACAUUCACCCACCCCUACAGAGAGGUCAUGGUUUCCCACAUGACCCCUAUGGCUCUACCCCAAGGAUGCACCAUCAGCAACAGCAUCAUCAGUAUCAGCACCAUCAGUAUCAACAACAACAGCAGCAGCAGCUCCAAGGACCAGCAUCUCUCCAGCUCCAACUGCCGGUCCAGGCAGGAAAUUUCCCCCAUCCGCACUCCUACUCCCAACUGCAGGGAGAGCCCUUUGCCAUGAUGGUACAUGCCCACCAGAUGGUGGAUGUGUUGACAGAGGAGAACAGGAUGUUGAGGCAGGAGAUGGAGACGUGUCGUGAGAAAGUCACCAAGUUGCAUAAGUUGGAAACAGAGAUCCAGCUGGUGUCAGAGGCCUAUGAAAAUCUUGCCAAGUCCUCCUCCAAGAGGGAGGCCCUGGAGAAAACUAUGAGGAACAAACUGGAGCUGGAGGUGCGCCGGCUGCAUGAUUUCAACAGGGACCUCAGAGAGCGCAUGGAGACGGCCAACAAACAGCUUGCUGCUAAAGAGUGUGAUGGCUCAGAGGACAGUCGCAAAACCAUCUCCCAGCUUGUCACACAGAAUAAAGAAACACUUCGUGAGAAGGAAAAGCUUGAGAUGGAGCUGAACUCGCUGCGCUCCACCACUGAAGACCAAAGGAGACACAUUGAGAUCAGAGACCAGGCACUAAACAAUGCUCAGGCCAAGGUAGUCAAGUUGGAGGAGGAGCUGAAAAAAAAGCAGGUUUACGUGGAGAAAGUGGAGAGGAUGCAACAAGCCUUAGCUCAGCUUCAGGCAGCCUGUGAAAAGAGGGAACAACUCGAGCAUCGUCUCCGUACAAGACUGGAAAGAGAGCUGGAGUCAUUGCGCAUGCAGCAGCGUCAGGGAGCCUCUCAAAGCAGUGGUGGGGUCCCAUCUGAGUACAAUGCCACAGUGCUGAUGGAACACCUAAGGGAGAAGGAGGAGCGGAUCCUGGCUCUGGAGGCUGACAUGACCAAGUGGGAGCAGAAAUACUUGGAGGAGAGUGUGAUGAGGCAGUUUGCAUUGGACGCCGCUGCCUCUGUUGCCACUCAGAGGUGAAGGAGCUCUCCCAGCCCCUUCACCUCCACAUACC